GGUUGGGUUCAUGUGGAGGGCUAAUCUACAUACUGCUUCUUAUGUGUGCAUUAUAGUGUACCGUACAGUUAGAAAAACCUAAGUAUAAACUCCUGAACCAUCCCAACAAAAAGAAACGGAGAAUUCCAAUAAUUAUCAGAACCACAUGAAGAGAUAAGUGACUUGAGUAAUCAGAAAUUAGUGAAAGGAAGAAAGAAUACAAAAUGGGUGAAAAGGAUUAAAGAGUACAAUUUAAUAAAGCAAAGUUUCAUUCCAGUUAUAUUUAUAUGAGUAGAUAUCUUUUUUUUAUUUCUAGCUUUCAUAAUGACAUUCAAAAAUUCUUUUAAAAAUCUUAUCAGUGGUUUUUAAGCCAACAAGCAAUACAGAAACUAGGAAGUAAAAUCUAAAAAUUAUGAUAACAAUCACAAGAAGUAACUUCCUUUUGUGUUUUACAUGUAAAAAGUAAUGAGUGUUGAUUCGCAAGCAACUUGUAUGCACUUAUACAAUAUGUUUUGUUACUUAUGUGCCUUUUGAAAGUAACUUAGUUUAAUACUGAAUGGCAGAUUAAUCAUAAACUGGCCUGACUUGCUGCAGUGUAAAAAUAUUUGUGUCAGUCAAAAACUGACCUGAAAAUUAUCUUUUCUAGCAAAUGUAAGUAAACACUAUCUAUACCAAUAAGAAAAAAGAAAUAGACUGCAGUAGCUUUCUAAACAUUACAAAUGUUUUCAAAUACAUUUCUCUUUAAAUCACCAGUAACCAGUAGGAAUUAAAAAGUAAAAUAUUUUGCUUAUUUUUCCAAAUUUUAUCCACAUUUCAACUUAAAGAAUUUUGUGAAGUUCUGAGAUUAAUAAUAUAUGGAUGUUGGAAGUUCAAUAAUAUAUGGAUGUUGGAAGUUCCAAAUAUCUUACUCAGAUAUCACUUAACAUUCAUAAAUUCAAAUACCACAAUUUAAAUCCCUUUCUAAUGCAGAUUAGGUUGAAUAGCCAUUAAUUUAUAUCAGAAAGCAUUACACAUUCUCUCUCUCUGUCUGUCUCUUUUUCUCUCACUUUCUCUUACCUGAAUGAAGCUUAGCAAGGACAAGUGUACCCAUGAAAUAGUAGUUUUACUCAAUGACCUGGAGGCAAAGUAUUAAAGGGCAGCUAAGCUUACAAUCUUGAGAGGUGUGAAUCUUAUCUCUUGCACCAAGUGAAGAGUGGACUCUGCUUAGCAGGUGAGCCUGUGGCUGCAGUCCUGCUUCAGCUGUGCACAAAGAAGGAGCUCUGACAGGUGCACUUCUGGCAAACUUUUUAUAACAGUUUCACAGUAAAAUCAAUAAAACCAAGAUGAGUGGAGUUAAAAAAGAGGAUGUGGAAGCACUUCGGGAAUGGCUGAAGAAGCAGCCACACCUUCCAUCUCUUCCAGAUGAUCAACUGGUGCUUUUCCUGCACAGCUGUUAUUACAGCAUUGAACGUGCAAAGCAAGCACUUGAUGUCUGCUACACAGUAAGGACACAUGCACCUGAAGUUUUUUCAGACAGAGACCCAAAGUUGCCCAAGGUUCAGGCAGCUAUGAAUGUCAUUGAGGCCUGCAAACUGCCACACAAAGAUGAGAAGGGAAACACAGUGAUUUUGACACGUCUCAAGGAUAAUGAUCCCUCAAAAUUUGAUUUCGAUGAAAUUGUAAAGGCAGCUCUGUUGGGUCUUGAAAUAAUAAUAAGGGAUGAGCCCACAGCUGAAGGUUAUGUCUUCCUGUUUGACCAGACUGGGUUUUCUCUUCAACAUAUUGCCAGAAUAUCUGUGAACACAAUCAGGAAAUUUUUUGUAUAUGUUCAGGAAGGCUUUCCACUUAGAAUGAAAGCUGUACAUGUCAUCAACACAACAUCUAUCAUUGACAGGAUCAUGAUGCUUAUCAAACCAUUCCUUAAUAAGGAACUGGCCGCAAUACUGUACUUCCAUAAGGCAGAUAAUGCAGACUUCUACAAGGUGUAUAACAAGGAGUGGAUGCCAAACGAUUAUGGUGGCAAAGAGAAAUCUGUUGCUGAAUUAAGUGGCGAAAUGCGAGAGCUGGUGACUAAGACAGGAGGAAGUUAUGUGGAGGCAGAGUCGAAAUGGAGAGUGGACGAGAGCAAGAGGCAAGGCAAGCUGAAGACGCAGGGAGACCUCUUCGGUGCAGAAGGCUCCUUCAAGAAGUUGUCCAUCGACUGAGAAGUCUGCGGGUGCAGAGAAUGAGUCAGCAGCCAGUGAGCUCCUGUCCAGACUUCGCAAGAUGCGUGCACUCUUUUUAUACAACAGGAGCAAGAAAAGCUUGCAGACUGUAUUCAGAAAUGGGACUGAUAUGUCCCAUUUAUAUAAAAAAGGGAAAACAUCUACGAUAUUCACUAUGCAGUCUACAUUCACUGUUCGUUCAACUGACAGUAGUGUAAAUGAAGAUGCGACACUCUCUGUUUGUAAAGAUUACCAUGUAAAAGAGCUACCAUGAUACUACAAUACAUAACAUAUACCUGAAA